CUGCUGGCGACUUUUUGCCCUUGUGCACUUCUAGGGAGAACAUCCUCUCGACUGCGAGACCCUGAACUCAAAGAGAGUAACUACAUAAACGGUGAUUGUUGUAUCUACCUUGCAUCCAAUUACUGUUAUUUGUGCUGGGUUCCCCUUAUGUUCAAACGUCGCCAUACCCGACAAAAAUUCGGUAUUAGUGGCUCUGGUUGCAAUGAUUGCAUGGCGGCCUGCUUUUGCCCAUGCUGUCUGCUUGUGCAGCAAGAGAAAGAGGUGGAGACUCAAUACACACGCCUUCAAUCCAAGUAUCAAGCCCCUGAAGCGAUGAAAUAUUCUCAAUGA